GGCCGCUCCUGGACAACGACUACCUGUUCGUGCAGGCCACCAGCUCGCCGGUGGCCAAGGGGUCCAACGCGACGGUCACCAGCAAGCUCACCAUCAUAUUCAAGAACAUGAAGGAAUGCAUCGACCAGAAGGUCUACCAGGCCGAGCUGGACAACGUCCCGGCGGCCUUCCAGGACGGCUCGGUGAACGGGGGCGCGCGGCCGGGCGGGAGCAGCCUGGCCAUCCGCGAGCGCGCGCCGGGGCGGCACGUGGAGAUCCGCGCCGCCUACAUCGGCACCACCAUCGCCGUGCGCCAGGCCGGCCGCCAGCUCUCCUUCUCCAUCCGCGCCGCCGAGGAGGUGGCCCGGGCCUUCACGGAGGAGCAGGACCUGCAGCUGUGCGUGGGCGGCUGCCCCCGCAGCCAGCGCCUGUCCCGCAGCCCCCGCGGGCGCGGGCGCGUGCCGGCCGACACGGCGCGGGCGCUGUGCCGGGAGAUGCUGCCCGUGGAGGACGUCUACUUCCAGUCGUGCGUCUUCGACGUGGUGACCUCGGGCGACGCCAACUUCACCAUGGCGGCCCGCGGCGCGCUGGAGGACGCCCGGCUCUUCCUGCCCGACGCCGAGAAGCUCCACAUCUUCCAGGCCGGGGCGAGCUGCCCUCGCGUGUCCUCGUCCCCCCUCCUCCUCCUCCUCCUCCUCAGCUCUGCUCUUUGGGUGGUUUUGUUGCACUUUUAACCCCCGCUCGCUCCGUGUGGGACCCGGGAGAGCGGCUGGCUCCGGAUCCGUGGCUGCGACCGGGAAAGACCUUGGAUCAGGGGUCUCUGCAGCCGAAAGGAAUUGGAGACCUGGACCACGGGAAAGGGGAGAGGUGACCCCCUGGUUUGCACUCACUGCUCUCGCAUGGGUGGUGCCAGCUGAUCCCAGCUCCUCUCCUGAAGGCACAUCCCAGGUUUUUGGUUCGAUUCUCACGUGUUCCUUUUUCCCUAAGGAUGUGACGUUGCAGCAAAAUAAACACCCAGGGUUAGAAACCCCCUCUGCCCCCCAGAGCCUUCCCAUAACUCACUUCCCAUCUUUCUCCUGGUGUUAAUCCAGCAGAAUUUCGUUCAGGAGCCCUACAAAUCCAGAAAUAACGGACUCAAAGCCCAAAUCCCAGUUUUUAGCAGUUUGGUGGAUUCGGGACCCUUCACCCAGAAGCAGAGCAAGGCCAUGAGUCGGUUUUGGGAGCGUUGUGACCGAGGGGGGAACCAGUUUUGUCCAUCUCCUCCUCUUCCAGGAUCAACAGCAGGCUGAUCUCCAGCAGUGGGAGCUGUGGAGCACCAGGCCUCGGAUCUCCCAGGCCACUGUUGCUAUUUUUCCUUGUUGUCUUGGCACCUGUUGGGGACUUGAUUUAGCCGGGUCUGGACUCGGGACCAGCAUCAGGUUUCAGGGAGGGGAAAAAAACACCCCUUGGGAAUCUCUCUCCCUUGGGCCCAGAUUCUCUGCUGCUCCUCAAAUCCAACCCAGACCGGGGGUUUCGCUUGGAAAACAGAAUUCCUGAUGGCAAAGAGCCAGCUGGGCACACGGAUGGGCAGGGGAACCCCCCGGGGAAGGUGCAGGACUGAAGAGGGGAGGGCAAAUUUCACGUGUUUCAGAGGAUUUCAGCAAAGCAGCCGGAGUUCUAAAGGAGAAAUGUUUUCCAUAGGAAAAAUUUCCCUUUAUUUUUAACAAAAUUUUUAACAGGCCAUCCCUGUCCCUGUGGAGCUGCAGGAAGAGCCUUGCAGCGCUCCAUGGGGAGAAAAUCCUUCAUGGGAAUAAGAUCCUCUGAAGGGAGAAAAUCCUCCAGAGCAGGGUUGAGAGUGCUGGAGCUCCUGGUAGAGAUGGGACUGGCCCCAUCCAGGAAUAUUAAAAGAAAGAAUGGAUUUUUAUACCAAAAAAAAA